AUGGGGGAGCGGACCCCCAAGCUCCGGAGGGAGGACUGGGGACAGCCGAGCCGCCCCGCAGCAGCUCUGGCUCUGGGGCGAGCCCGGCCGCGCUCUCCUGCGUGCGUGUGUGUGUGUCUGGUUGCAGGAUUUGAUCCUAUUCAGGACUCCAGACAGGCACCGCUGGGCAACGGGAACAAAAGCUUGACGGUCAGCCCCAGCGUGAUGCUCCUCAUCCCACUGCCAGCCUGGCUGGCUCUGGGCAUCCUGCAGCUGCCCAUUGGCAGUUUCCAGGAAUGCCUGAACCGGCAGCAGGCACUCAGCGUGGUGCAGCAAAUGCAGAAGCUGCUGGUGGCACAGGAGGCCGCCCACCUGCAGGGCACACGCGGGCUCCGGCACCAGCUUUCCAUCCUCCAGAACCGCCUCCAGAGACCAGCCACCAAGCACAAUGAGAUGUGUCCGCAGCUGGCAGUGCCCCUGAACGGACGGAUGCUGGGCCGGAGCCUGCGGGUGGGCCACGAGGUUCACUUUGUCUGCGACGCCGGCUUCCGGCUGGUGGGCUCGGAGACGCGCGCGUGCCGGCACAACCGCACGUGGAGCGGCACCCAACCCUUCUGCAGAAGUGAGUGGAGUGGGAUUGGGGUGCCUUGCUCUGCCCUUCCGAGGGGCUCCUCUAGGUUGCAGCAAUGGGCACCGGAGUUGGGCAAGGAUGCAUUUGUGCAGCUGAUGCUCACGAGCUCCUUCUCCCUAGGUAUUGAUGACUGCUCCAGCAAUCCGUGUGCCAACAGCGGGACCUGCAUGGAUGGCAACCAGAGCUAUACGUGCCUCUGCCCCCCAGGCUGGUCAGGCCCCAGCUGCCAGAGCCCCAUCUACUCCUACUGGGUGACUCUGAGCAACACCUCCUUCAGCCGCCAGCCCCGCUGUGCCGAGGGCCGCUCGGGCUCCCGGCGCUGCAGCUGUGACACCGGCUUCCAGCUGCAACCUGGUGGCAUGUGCCAAGAUGUGGAUGAAUGCCAGCUCUACCAGUCCAGCCCCCAGACGCAGAUUUGCCUCCAUGACUGCCUCAACCUCCCUGGCUCCUAUCGCUGCCUCUGCCCCCCUGGGUAUCUGCUCCAUGCUGACCGCAAUGCCUGUGAGGACGUGAAUGAGUGCACUGGGAAGCAGCACAACUGCAGCCAGGGUGACCUCUGCAUCAACACCUUCGGGGGCCACCGCUGUGUGCGCCCCAAGUGCCCCCCGCCACGCCACAACACCAGCUAUGUCAAGACCUCUGCCUUCCAGUGCGAGAGGAACCCCUGCCCCAUGGACAGCAGAGCCUGCCAGCUGGCUGCCAGCUCCAUCUCCUUCCACUACCUGCCGCUCCAGGCCAACCGCACUGUGCCCCGUGUCCUCUUCAAGAUGUCCACCACCCGCUUCGUGGGUGACAGCCUGCGCUUCGCCAUCACGGGCGGACGGGGCCAGGGCGUCUUCGCCGUGCGGCGCUCGGACCGGCAGACGGGAGAGCUGCUGCUCACCAGCCCUGUGGCAGGGCCAGCCAUGCUGGAAGUGGAGCUGGAGAUGAGCGAGUUCUCCCACAAAGUCCUCCUGGGCAAGCACAUCUUCAAGGUCACAGCUUUUGUGUCCCCAUAUGUGUUUUGA